AUGUCAACAUCACCGCUCUUCGCCCCCGGCGUCGACCCAGCCCAAAACACCGCCCCUUUGCAAUCCCUGCUGGAGCAGAGCCUCUGGUCGCUGGACGCAGACCGCAUGGGCGUGACCAAAACCUACUACUUCAAGACAUACACCAAAUGUUUGGACUUCGUGCAGGUCGUCGGCAUCCGCAGUAAAUCGAAAAACCACCACUCAACUAUGACCGUCAAAUCAGGCUCAGUUCAUGUCCACUGGACGACGCAUGUCCCGCGCGGCCUCUCCGAGAAGGAUAUCCAAAUGGCCCAGUACUGCGACCAGCAGGCUGGCCAGAUAGGGACUGUAAGUCAAGCCGAGGCCAAUAAAUGCGUGCUAAUUCAAUAUUGGAUGACUCAAAAUGAUCCUCUUAUAUUAUCAUCUUUACAAUUAAUUAUAUUUUUUCACACUAUGGAAGCGGAUCUAGAAAAAGCUCAGGGCAGAGAGGAACAUGGCCAAAAGCAGUCAAAUUCUGGCGAUAUCCAAGAAAUCCAGACUCCCGCCAGUAUGGAUUUUGAAAACACCCUCUCCAAACACCCCACGUCCGGCAGCCAAGCAAAAGCAACUCUUGCAAAGACCAUGUCUCUCGUCCGCACACGAGAAUCUGGACGUGAUCCCGGACCUCCCCUCGACGGCGGAUUCGUGGCCUGGUCCCAAGUCGCCCUCGCCCAUCUGGUGAUUUGCAACACAUGGGGCUACAUCAACGCCUUUGGUGUGUUCCAAACAUACUACACCGAAACCCUCCACCGCACCCCCUCCGACAUCUCGUGGAUCGGCAGCGUCGAGACCUUUCUCGUCUUCUUCGUCGGCACCUUCUCUGGCCGCGCAACAGACGCCGGAUACUUCAAAUUCACCUGGACUGUCGGCGCAAUCCUCGCGGUGGUCAGCAUCUUCCUCACCUCCCUCUGCACUCAAUACUGGCAGAUAUUCCUCUCCCAGGGCAUCCUGCAAGGCAUUGGCUGUGGCCUCAUGUUCUGCCCAACCCUCUCCCUCCUGCCCACCUACUUUGACUCGCACCGCGCCAUCGCCAUGAGCAUUGUCGCCGCCGGCUCAGGUGUCGGCGGCCUGAUAUUCCCCGGCAUCGUGAACUCGCUCCUCCCGAAAAUCGGCUAUGCCUGGACCAUGCGCACCCUAGGCUUCUUCACCUUCGCAACCCUUCUCCCCAGCGCAUUCUUCCUCCGCCAGCGCCUCCCACCGCGCCAAAGCGGACCCAUCCUCGAGCUCGCCGCGUUCCGGGAACUACCCUACGUCUGCUUCUCCGUUGGAAUGUUUCUCGUACUAUGGGGGCUAUACGUGGGCUUCUUCUACGUUAGUAGCUACGCGCGCGACGUCCUCGGCGCAUCGCUAUCCACCUCCACCAAUCUACUAAUGAUCAUGAGCGCCGUGGGCACAGUCGCACGCAUAGUCCCCGGUCUGAUCUCCGACCACUACACAGGACCGCUCAACCUCCUAAUCCCAUUCAGCUUCGCCACCGCCAUAACAGCAUACGGGUGGUCCGGCGUGCGCAACAUCCCCGGCGUAUUCGCGUUUUCUGUCAUCUACGGCAUUGCCUCAGCCGGCGUGCAGGGAAUCUUCCCCGUGGCGUUGAGCUCUCUCACAACAGACCUGAAGAAAAUCGGCGUGCGUAUGGGUAUGGUCCUCACGAUUGUUAGUUUUGCGGCACUCACCGGCAGUCCUAUCGCAGGCGCGUUGGUACAGGCAGAUCAGGGAGGGUAUUUGUAUAUGCAGAUGUUUAUGGGAAGUUCGAUGCUGCUGGGAACGGUUUUGUUGGUUGUGGCGAGGAUUGCGAGGUUUGGGGUUGUGAUGGUGAGGGGAUGA